AUGGAUUUAUUGUUAAAUAGAAUAUCACUAAGACUUCUUCUAUAGCUGGAUUUACUGAUACUUAUAUUGGUAACCCUUAUUUAACUGUAUAUGGAGAUUCUAUUAUACCUGAUGUAGUAGAAGCAAGAACAGCUGUCUCUUGCUGAUAUUUUCACUGGAAAUCUUAUAAGUAAUGUUGCUUUUGGAUACAAUACUAAAAUCUAGUCUAUAAGUUCUAAUUCAUAUACAUUGAAUCUUAAUUUAAAUAUGGAAGAAUUUAGAGUAUAUGCUAUUGCUUAAAUUCAACAUAGUGAAAUAUCUUCAAAGAAGAAAUGUAAGAGACAUUUAGGAGUAAUGUUAUCCAAUUCAAACUGUUGGUUUAAUGGGAGAUUGGAUCACAGUUAAUAAGAACUAUUGGGAUUUACUGAUUUGGUAUAAAAUUAUUCCUUAUAUGGGUUUCAAUUAAGAAUGAUAGCAUUUACUACAUAACAAAUUAUUUGA